CGGAUUUCAAUUGAUUGCUCCUUAUCGUUUUUGACCUUGAGGCUGCUAAUUGUUACAAUCUCGAUUAAACUGCGUUUGUAUACGAAAAACUAUCAUCUGUACUUCAACGUUUUCCAGAAAUAGUUCAAAGUAUUCUGUUACCAGAAAUUCCAUGGAUAAAUCGAGGACUUAAGAGUUCUCUGGCUCAACCAACCUAAAAUGCUUUUGUUGCAAAAAAUACGUGCUAACUUGUUAACUGCAACCCCCAAAAUACUUUCCAGAUUUAAUAAUCACUCCUCUGGCCAUUACUGUACUGAAUCAAAGUCACCAAUCGAACAAGAAUCUAUUAAUAAUAAUGUGGAAGAAGAUACAGUUUUCGAAGUCUAUGAUGAACAUUGGGAGGUAAACCCAGUUGUUGAGCAGCUUCAUAUAUCUCCUAAAAUGAGGCCCGAAGAAAAUCUGUCUUUUAUACGCAUGGAAAAUCUUUUUGAUAUACCAGAAUUAGUGGAAGCAUUAAAACGUGAAAAUAUCCGAGAUAUUGUUUGCCUAAAUGUGGAUCGUAACUUUCUGGCUCCUUAUAUGGUUAUUGGAAACGGUGUAUCUAAAAGACACAUUCAAAACACUGUUGUCCAUAUACACAAACUGAAAAGGGACUUUCAUCCCAAGGUAGCUCAAUAUAAUCACCAAAUACUUUAAAAAACUCAAAUGACUUCUGUUAAAAUUGUUCAUCAAGAGAUAGAAAAGAUCAGUAGAUUUGAGCAACUUCUGAAUUGAAAGCUGCUCGUAAACGCAUUCUAGUGAAUUUUAAACAUGACAGGAAACUGAUUCGACCGAAAUGUUUGCUGAUAAAACGACUCAAUUGUCAUAGGUAGUGGUAGGCAACGAAAUUUAAAAAGGUAAGUUUAGUAAUAGUACGUACGUACGUACGUACGAAGUUCUACGUUGUGACUGACUGAAGUCUAGUAAUAGGCAACACUAGACAACAGUUUAGAUUCAUCAAACAGAAUACCCUUAAAAAAUAAUUCAUCAAACUAUGGCCUAAAAAUGCGAGAGGGAUUCUUUUCGACUGGAGACGAUGUAGAAAAAAACUGAGGAGCAUUUCCUUUAGCACCCAAUCACUCAUACUCCAGUCGCCCACUAUCUGCUAACGGACAACGAAAUGUCAACUUUUAGGAAAGCUGAACUAACUAACCUAAGUAGAGCAGAAAACUCUGUCGGGUUACUUUCUACUGUCGUUAAUAUUGACGGUCGAGUAGUGUCAGUUAGAUUGAUUGAAUGCAUAAGCCGAGUUUUAGAGCUGUACGUAAUUCCAUCAGACUGGUCGUAAUUGUUCGAACAUAUUUACGAUUGGACUCGAGGUAGACUUAUAACAAUUCUGUCUUAUGGAGAAAGUAACUAUUUAUGUUAUCCAUUUGGAUGACGUCUUCGGUAUCUAUUGUAAUCAUAGUAUAUUACCUCAACCAGGUAAUUGCGUCCUUUUCAAGUUUUUGGUUAUCCAACAUCAAUGUAUAUAUAUCCUGUAGCGUUUGUUACCAUAUUUCUUAUAAACAUUAUUAUCACAACUCAGCAAUCUGGUACAGCUUCAUAUAUAAUAGGUACCAAGCCUCACUUGCUAUAUGGUAGACAAAUCAAUACCCUGUUGUAUAAAUUCAGAAUAAGUAAGCAGGUAUCUGUUAUAUUAUAUUUUUUGUCGAGACAUUUCUCGUAAUAAACAUUACCAUUGUUAUUCAUUGUGCUCAAGAAAAUGGCUGCAGUUACAAGUGCCAAGACCAGUUAAAUUUAGUAAUAAUUCGAAGUCUUUUCGAAAUAUAAAAUUCAAAUUAUUAGAUAGGAUUAGUAAGGUGAUUCGGUACUUGGUAAAUUUUUCGCUAUCAAAAUAUGCCUAUUAUUGUUGAAGAGUUAGGACAUCAGUAGAGAAUUCUAAACGAUAAAAGUAAUUUUCAAAGUAAGCCCAUAAAUAAAUCUUAUAUUCUAUUGACAACUGCAUCAACAGAGGUAGAUGAUAUAGGGUAUGAAUUUGAACACUCGAUAAGGAGCUAGUGACUCCAUUUGAGCAUUUCAGCCAUCUGAUGUUGAAGAAUCCGAUUCAACUGAUUACCCAAUCUUGACAUCGUAAAUCACUACUGUCGCAUUCUUCCUUACGAAGUACACCUUGACCACUGGAUUUCACUUGGCUUAACAGUUGUAAAGAAAUAUAUUCCAAAAAACGUCAAAGCCAAAUGUACAGAAGUAGAAAUUACCGGAGACUCCUAGCACCUCGUAGACCUGUUCACCAGCUCUAAUCGGUAAAAAAAUAGACUGACCAACGUAUUCUGACUUAUCUCUAAGUGAGAAUUUAGUCGUUAGGAGUUCAUCCUUCUACUAGCAUUAUAGCUAAACAUGGACUUACACACAAAUACUGAUAUGUGGUAAAGUAGGUAGGCCUGCGUUAGUCAGACGAAAGUUAUAUAAGCGAAAUAAGUGUUUGGUUGAUAUCCUUGAACAAAUUGCGGAACUGACGCAUAUGUCCCAGGUAUAUAAUGUAACUGUGUUUUAUUGCAUAGUAUUCUAACCUACCUCUUUUGUGAGCCAUUCAAAUAUGAUGGGUCAUUCUCGUAAGUUGUUCUGAUUUUUGUUCAUUCUCAUGUAAAUUCAUUAAUCACUUAUCAAGUAGUAAAUUCUCGUCCCAACAGCUAUACUAAGCUUGGGAGGUCUUUGUGUAAUGGUAAACUUUUCUCUACAAUCCCUUUGUAAAUAUGAUCAUAUUUAUGAGUUCACUUUUUUCUAUUAAAUAUCAAUCGUAGUUAAAAUACAAAUUGAGGAAUACAAGUAUCCCAAUACCAUUGUUCCAGGGAAUCGAUGGAUCCUGCGAGUGGAUAGCUGUCGAUAUGAGCACCAUUUUUCUUCAUUUGUUUCUACCUUCUACAAGAUUAAAGUACGAUUUAGAAUCACUCUGGUGCGCUGGUCCACAAUAUGAUGACCAACUUUUUCAGAAAAACACAGCAGAAUUACCGAAUAGAAACUUUAAUUGGGAACAAUUAUUAUCGGAAAUUCAACAGGCCAAACAAUGUUGACCGAAAUUGAGAGGAAAACUUUACAAAUAUACGUAUAUAUCCACUUUUGAUCAUAUUUCAAAUCAGGCACAGACUCUAUCUGUAUUCGAUGAAGUUUCUAGCGAACUUUUAUUUUAUUAAUUACUAUGUAUAUCUCGUCAGAGUAUUUAAUUUUUCUUUUCGAAUUAAAGACCCAGUAUCCUUGUGAUGUGAUCAAUAGGUUGUCUCCCAUGAAAACUACUAUUUCCUUCAUUCAAUUUAAGUGAGGAAGAUAGUGACAAGGUUUAUU